UCUGCCAUAGUUUUGUGUGGCAUAAGGCAUUUAAUUAGGGCCUUAUUAGCCACACUAGUCUUGGUCUAACAAUAUUUUCCAGCACACAGCUUGCUAAUUAGGGCUUUAGUACUCAUCAAGAAGAUGGCUCGUGGCAACGAAGUGGUGAAAGAAGUAGAAUGGAGAAUCAAGGUAGAAGAAGAUGAGACACUGCAGAAAACAGUUGUUGGUUGCAUGUGGGCAGUUACAGCAGGUGUGGCUUUGAAGUUGUGCAAGUUUGUGAAGAAAGCAUGGGAAUUGGGGGUGAAUGACCCUAGAAAAUUCAUCCAUUGCUUGAAAGUAGGCAUUGCACUUUCAGCAGUUUCGCUCUUCUACUAUUGGAAGCCUUUGUAUGAUGGAGUUGGAGGAAAUGCUAUGUGGGCUGUCAUGACUGUGGUUGUAGUUUUUGAGUACACAGCCGGUGCAACGAUAUGUAAAACUGUUAACAGAAUGUUUGGAACUUCCCUUGCUGGAUUUCUAGGCAUUGGUGUACAUUGGGUAGCUAGUAGGGCAGGAGAGCAAUGGGAACCCGUAAUUGUUGGAGUCUCUCUCUUUCUUUUAGCAUCUGCAGCAACAUUCUCCAGAUUCAUCCCCACCUUAAAGGCUCGUUUUGAUUAUGGUAUUUUGAUAUUCAUCCUCACAUUCAGCUUGGUGUCAGUAUCGGGUUAUCGGGUAGAUGAAUUGUUGGUCAUGGCACAGUACAGAAUAUGCACGAUUAUAAUUGGCAGCAUAUUGUGCAUAAUUAUUAGCGUGAUCAUUCGUCCCAUCUGGGCUGGUUUCGAACUCUUUGUUUUAGUCACAGGGAACCUCGACAAACUGGCCAACUCCUUGCAAUGUUGUGUGGCUCAGUACUUCGGUGGUAGUGAAGCCUCAGAAGAUAGUGAUGAGAUGUCUGAUAAAAAAUUGCUAGGCUACAAGUGUGUGCUAAGUUCCAAAGCAACAGAAGAAACUAUGGCAAAUUUUGCUAGAUGGGAACCUGCCCAUGGCCGCUUCAACUUCCGCCACCCGUGGAGGCAAUAUGUUAAAAUUGGAGCAUCAAUGCGUAGUUGUGCUUCCUGUUUAGAUGCUCUUAUUGGAUGCAUAAAUUCAGACAACCAGGCUUCGGAUGACAUGAAGAAGAAUAUGAGCAGCAUCUCCAUGAAACUGGGCGCAAACUGUGCGAGUGUCAUAAGAGAGCUAGCAACUACAAUAAGGAAAAUGGCAAAAUCAUCUAAACUUGAUAUUCUGGUUACAGAUAUGAAUAGUGCUGCACAAGAGCUUCGAAGUUUAUUAAAUUCUUAUCCAAACUUGGUUAACGCACCUUCACAUAAUGCCAAAAUUAGUACACAAACAGAAACAGCUUCACCUGAUGAUCAGGCUGCAAAAAUAGAAAUCCCACUUAUGGAAAUCAUUCAAGUUGUAACUGUAGCUUCUUUGCUCAUUGAAAUUGUGGCUCGUGUGGAAGGCAUUGUGGAAAAUGUUGAAGAACUAUCAGUUUUGGCUAAUUUCCAAGCAGAAAUGUGUGUCAAAUCCAAACAACAUACAUCUGACAGCAAGGUCUCCCCUGACCAACAGAAUGAUGAUGAACCCGUUAGAACACUCCAAAUGGUCUGAAGAUAUACGAAUAUAUAUAUAUAUGAGAUCUAUUUUGCAUAUUCUUUGAUCCAUGAAUAUAUAUGAAUAAUGUAUAUGAGAUCAUUUAGUCUGCAGGCCCAUCAACACGUGUAAAUUUACCUCCGAGAAUCCAAACUUACGCCCCUAGUAAUUCAGCUUAUUAAUCAUACAUGCAUGUGUUCCAAAUAAUAUAUUAUAUCGAUAGACCAGAAGUUUUAUUACUAUUAUUAUUUAA